AUGAGGAGAUAUUUGGUGAUAAAAAGAAUUCCCUGGCCGUGGUUGAGGAGAGAUACGACACAAAAUGAGUCUAGUCCACUCAUACCAAAGGCAGGAUCUGCAAAAGAGGAUGCUGAGGAGCUCGGCCAUGUCACCACUGACUUUCAAGCAGGGACAAACAAUGGACAGCACCAAGACAAUCCCGCAUUUACAAGGAUCCAACCCCGCUACAGAUAUUCCUUAAUGGACUAUUUGCUAAAAUACUUCCUGUUCCUAUGCAAUCUGUUGUUCACUGUUCUGGGUUUGGUGAUCCUUGGUCUGGGGAUGUGGGGCCUCAUCAGCAAAGAAUCAUUUGCGCAGGAGAAGAUUGGUGGUCUCGGCACUGACCCAAUGCUGAUACUUGUGACUCUGGGCCUUCUUCUCACUAUGCUCUGCCUGUCGGGCUGUGUCGGUGCUAUAAGAGAGAACUGCUGCUUACUGAAGCUGUUCUCCGCCAUAGUGCUGGUGCUCAUUACAGUUCAGGUACUGUUUGCCAUUUUGGCAUAUAGCAUGCAAGAUCAGAUUGGAGGCUACCUACGGUCAGGGAUGUUAGCUGCCAUGGCGGGUUACCAAGACGAUCUGGAUCUGAGGUUCAUCACAGACGAGAUUCAGUCAAAUCUGCAGUGCUGUGGGGCAGAUAACUACCGCGACUGGGAGAUCAACAUAUAUUACAACUGCUCAGCUCCGGGAGUGCUGGCCUGUGGCGUCCCUGCAACAUGCUGUGUGGACCCUUUGGAGAAUGGAACAGUUUGGAACUCUCAGUGUGGCGUAGGAGCCCAGCUGUUGGAUGAGUUUACUGCUCAGAGUGUGAUCUUCCUGGGAGGAUGUCUGGGGGGAAUCUCUCGCUGGAUAGAGCUGCACGAGGGCCUGAUCGGGAUAGUUGCAGUUGUUGUAGUUGGAGUCCAGAUCGUGGCUCUGUUCAUCACUACGCGACUUCUGGAAAGUAUCCAGUGGCAUAAAGUUUACGUAUAGCAUGGAGUGAUGAAUACAACAUUAAUGAGUCCUGA